AUGAACAAUUAUUAUAUAUUUUUGUAUUUUUAUUUUACAAUAAUAUUAUCUAAAAUACAUGGACAGUCAUUUUUAUGUCCAGUUAAAUGUACUUGUGAUGAUGAAAUUGGAGCUGUAAAUUGUGAUUCAGCUAACCUUAAAACAUUUCCAAUACAGUUAAAUCCUUCAAUCAAAAGUCUUAUACUAUCAAAUAACAAUAUAAAAAAAAUUAAUUCUGCUGAUUUAGAUGUCUACUCAGAUCUUGAAUAUCUUGAUUUAUCUGGAUGUGGUUUGACAGAAAUUAAUUUUGAAAAAGCUCGCCCAUUAAAAUAUUUGAAGCACCUUAAACUAUCUAAUAACAAUCUUGUUAAUAUUUCUGAUAAAAGCUUCCGAAAGCUUAAGCAACUUAAGGUAUUAGAUCUUUCAAAUAAUACACUUCAACGUCUUUUUCCACACUCUCUUCAAGGAUUAAAUAAAUUAACUUAUCUAAAUUUGUCACAUAACUCAAUUAACUUUAUAUCAUCAAAUGUCUUUAAUGAUCUUGGAGAACUAACAACUUUAGAUCUAUCUUAUAAUGUUAUAACAAAAUUCAAUCCAACAUUAUUUACAAAUUUCAAUUUAUUAACAACUCUUAUCCUACAACAUAAUUUAAUAUCUGAGAUUACUCCUAACUCAUUCUCUUUACUAUAUUCUUUAAUUGCUUUGGAUGUUUCACAAAAUUUAAUCACAACUAUCCAUCAAAAUGCUUUUCAUGGAUUGGAACAAUUAAAGUUGUUAAAUCUUUCAAGAAAUCAGUUAUCCUCUAUUCCUCAUGAAGAGUGGGGAAAGGUUAAUGGUCUUAUUGAAUUAGAUUUAUCAUAUAACCCUAUUCAAGUAAUUACUGAAUUGGCAUUUAAUGAUCUUAAAAAUCUAAGAGUUUUGUUAUUAAAUAAUUUAAAGAAUUUAAAAAUUGUCAAGGAUUAUGCCUUCCUUCGUCUAUCGGCACUCCUACGCCUAGAUUUAUCAGGAUGUUCCUCUUUAAUUAGAAUUACACCAAAAGCUUUCCAUGAUCUUGUGAUGUUAAAACAAAUAGAUUUAUCUGAUAAUAGUCUUUCUACUCUUCAUCCAAAUCUCCUUAACUGGGACAAUCUUUCAGUUUUAAAUUUAGGAGGAAAUUCAUGGAAUUGUACAUGUGAAUUUCUUGAAUUAAUUCAUUCACUCUCAAAUACCCUUCAAUUGGAUAAUGUUUAUUGUGUAAAUCCUGAAAAUAGAAGAAAUAGGCAGGCUGUUGCAUUACAGGGACAAUGUAGUUUCAUGGAAAAUGAUAAAAUUUAUUGGGGUAUAAUUGUAUUUUUGUCAAUACUUAUUACAUUAACACUCCUUACAUGCCUUUCAUUAUGUUUAAAAACAAAAUGUUUAAGAAAUGAAAAAGAGAAAAGAAUAAUUUCAAGAUCUCCAGAUUCUCAAAAUAGUUCCAGAGCUCCAUUAUAUUAUGGAAGGAAUGAUGUAUUUGAGGGAAUGGCUUAUAAUGAAAAAAAUGAUACAUUUUAUGGAAAAAAUUUUAUCACCAUUAACCCAUCACUUUCAGCUGUUCCAACUUUUGGUUUCACUAGUACUAUAUCACAGGUACCUUCAAAUCAUCAUUUAGAUGAGGAAUACUAUUCACAAUUAAUAUUACCAGCAAAUAAUUAUUAUUGUGGGACUAAUGGUAGACAGACCUACUCACCAUCUGACCAAAAUCCAUAUGCAGCUUUAAUAGAUGAUAGGAGACCAAUAAUAACACCACCAAUGAUACCAGCUCCUCCACCAAGAGUAUCACCAGGAAAGGCAUCCUCACAUCCUAGAUUGGUAUAUGACAAUUCCUCCAGUACUGUUAUUACAAAUUUAAGUGGAACACUAUCAAAAUAUCCCAAAUAUCCAGUCAGUGAACUUUAA